GCGUGCCAAUCGGAAUGGUGUUUUCGAGCUGGACGGACGAUUCGGAAUAGGAGAUAUUUUUUAGAGAUCGAUUCAAUGUGUGGCCGAGAACUUAAGCGUGUUCAUGGCUAUAGCCGAAGUGAAGGAAUCAAAUACAAACACUAGCACCGAGUUUGCGCUUCGUGCAGUCGGAAGGGCAACAUACGCGCAGAUCGGUAUUCGUUACGCGUGUGUGAUACACAGCAGCCGCAGUUGAACGUGCGAGAAGAGUGUGAUUCCUUCAAGGGUCGCGCCGGUGGCGGACAGUGUUGCUAACUGGGAACAACCCCAAUAUCGUGCUAGUUCCUGCAGCUAUAAAGGAUUAAGUGCUGCCAUUGAGUAUUCGUCCCAGUCCUGAUUGCAGUCGUUGAAGGUUGUACAGCGACAGCAGCAAAGUUCACCUUACAGUGAUACAGAAUAUUAUAUCCAGUCAAGUAUGAAUGUCAGUGUGAAAAUGUCACUAGGUUUAGUGUUAUUCAGUGUAGUGCUAGCGCUGUCUGUGAAGGGAAUCGAAGCAGCUGAAUCUGUACUAUUUGGCAUUCGAGAACCGUGUAUGAACGAAGGUGAAGAAGUUAGAAUAAACAUGGCGUGCUUCAAAUGCAUCUGUAAGAACGGAUUUGUGGAGUGUGAGCAAGAAAGUUGUCCAGCAGUGGAUGAUUGCUAUUUCUACAACAAAAAGACGCCAGGAAGAUGCUGCGAUAGAUGUAUAGGGUGCAUGCAUGAAGGUCGAAUGAUAGACAGUGGUACAGAAUGGACUGAUCCUGGUGACCCGUGUGACCAUUUCAAGUGCGUCUCAGGAGUAAUUACACGAUCGCGAAUAAAGUGCUACACACCGUGCUCGAAUCCGCUAACCCUGAAGCACGGUCAGUGCUGCCCGGUUUGCUUAGGUUGUCAACUAAAUGGCCAACAGGUUACGGGAGAGGCUACUUUGAGUGAAGAUCCAUGUGUUAAGUGCACUUGUGACGGGCGCAAGUUGACGUGUAUGAAGAAAUCAUGUCCGGUGCUACAAUGUCCCGCGUCCAAGCAAAUCCGACUACCGGGAGAGUGCUGCGCACGGUGUAAGGAACGCCGUGAAGAGGUAAAGCGAAAUCUUCAAACGCAUUGUAUUAUCGGAAAGGCAGUUCACUUGAACGGAAAAACCUAUUCAGCGGAUCAAUGCGCAACUUGCGAGUGUCGCAAUGGGACGUCAUAUUGUGAGAAGAAUACCUGUCCCUUGUUGGAAUGUGCAGUCGAAGAUCAGGUUCAAGGUCUAGCCGAUUGCUGUCCGUCGUGUCCAAUGCAGGCGGAGUUCAAGUCCACGUGUAGCGUCAGUGGCAAGGUGUACCAGAAUGGUGAAACGUGGAGUCUUAGCGCCUGUGCAUCCUGCGAGUGUCGGUCAGGAGAGGUUCGCUGUGCAAAAAUCCAAUGUCCUAAGCCCCGCUGUAAGCCAAAUGAAACACUGAUCACUCCAAAGGAGGAAUGCUGUCCGAAGUGCGUAGAAAGUCCCGGAGUGUGCACAGUAUUUGGAGAUCCACAUUAUAAAACUUUCGAUGGGAACUUUUACAGUUUUCAGGGCUCUUGCAAAUAUCAAUUGACGGCCGACUGUAAAGAGCACAGUUUCUCGAUCAGAGUCACCAACGACGCUCGUUUGACGAAGUCAUCCUCGUGGACAAAGACGGUGACACUCAAGUUGGGUAAUGUGAAGGUGAAUCUUGGCCAAAAAAUGAGAGUUAAGGUAAACGGAACAAGAGUUGACCCACCGUUCAAAUUGGGGAGUGUGCUAGAUAUCUACAAAAGUGACGAAGCGACUGAAGUGAUUGUUGCUACCGAGCUUGGUAUCAAACUAACCUGGGACGGAAAUAAUUUCAUACAAGUUGAGGUUCCUACUAUCUAUAAAAACAAACUAUGCGGACUAUGUGGAAAUUACAACAGCAUAUUUAGAGAUGAUUUGGUUUCAAGAAGUGGAAUCAAUAUGACCGACAACGUAUGGAAAUUUGCCCAAUCUUGGUCAGUUGGAGGAGAGAAGGCUUGCACGCGUCCGAGAAAGAAAGAACUUGCGGCAAAACAUGCCCAAUGCAAAACGAAAAAGUUUUUCACAUUUUGUAAAAUACUUAAAACGGAUGUGUUUGGAAGCUGUAAUUCACAGCUGAAUCCGGAGCACUAUUUUGAAUCGUGCAAGUUUGAUAUGUGUGAGUGUCCUCACAAACAGUGCUACUGUGACAGCUUAGCUGCAUACGCACAUGAGUGCCACCGGCAGGGUAUUCGCUUGCCCAACUGGAGGCGAGAAACCAACUGCUAUCCUAAUGCAACGAAUUCGCUAAUCUCACCUCAUCAUCAUCUGUUGAUGCAACAGCAUCCACCAUUGCGUGGCAGGCAACAUAAACAGCAGCAAGAAAACAAAAAUGCUAUAACGAGGCCCAGUCAGCGGCAUCGGAAAAAACAGCGACAGCCCAAACUGAAUCAAAGUUUGAGUUCUCGGAAAGCACCACCGCCAUUGUUUUCCUAGACGUCAGUAAGAAAACCCCAGCUUGACCAAUUAGGGCUGCUUUUAAGAGACGAGACGUAAGAAGUGUGAUGAAAAAAGCAAAGUCAGAUGAACGAUGGCACACCUAGGAAAAUGCUGUUCUAGUUGAGUUUUAUUAAGCGAUUUUAACUUAAAUAUUCCCAAACGUAACUUAUUGCUUUUGACUAGAUAGGCUAAGGUCAGCUGUAGAGUUUAGUUGUGUGUUUUGUCAAUAGAUGGUCGAAAGAAGCAGAGCACACUAGCAGUAGAGUAUACGGACAAAACUCACUAGCCUCUAGGAAUCGUUCUUGUUUGUAUAUAUAAUUUUAGUACGCUAGGAAUUAGUAAUUUCUUUUCUGUAGGAAUUGUGAAUUUGUACAAUUGAUUUUUUAAUUAAUCGCGAUUUUUAUAGCCUACUGUACAGAUUUUAAUUAGAUUUUUACUAAAUUUCAUCAGUAUUUAUUAUUCACCGAACAAAAUAGAUUUAAGAUUUAGUUCUGCAAUGAAAACUGUGAAUACUGAAAUCUUAUUCAGAUUGUAGGAACAGGUUUUCGAGUAACACGAAUAAUUGUUUAUUAGACUAAUCAACUGCACCGCAUUUUGCAUGGAAGCGCUUGGUUGUUUACUAUGCAACUAAGUACUGCAAAUCUCCAUUUCUCUUUCUAUCGAUCGUUUGAGAAACGUCGUUUUUUCUCGAGUAAGUGCAUCGAAUCAUCCGAAAUCGUACAAUCCAUACCUGGAAACGAUUGCAGCUGUGCACACCUUGAACACCGAUCUGAAAGCCGCCGAACAGGCACCGUAUAAUGUCCGGCUGUGGUGGAUUCGUGUAAACAAACUUCGCAAAUGAAACCCGUAGCGAUUACUCAGGAGGUAGUUUGCUUAUUUUUCCUGCCAAUUUGUUGCCAACUUGGCGCAAAUUGAACCGUUAGGUUCGAAGUCCAUUUCUACUACUUCCGAUUGGUUUAUUUGCAUUCGUCUGGCAUGGAGAUGACUGCGAUCAUUCAACAGGUGUUGUGUGUUAUUGAUAUUUUACUUCUCUUUUAUCACCCGCUACUAUGUGCUCUUGUUUUCCAAACAUACUAGCUUUAUACAUUCACACUUGCCUAGCAUCGUUUUCUGUUGAUGCUAUCGCGGCGGCCUUUUCUCGUGAUGCCGCUCGAUUUCUAAACAUUGAAAGUGUUCUCCAAAAUGUCGUGAAAUAAAUCUCAGAAGUUUGCUGCGCUUUUGCUUUCCAGGAAGCACGUGUGCUGAGCGGAAAGUUGUUUAGUCUGAUGUAUCGACGGAUAUUUCUGUUCGCUUCGAUUGUUUUCUAGAACAAAUUUAAUACAUCAGAGUUUUCCAAAAAUUUCACUCAUGUAGAAACAAUAAUAUUUUUAUGUUUUUGAUUUGUAGCUGCUGGUAAUUAUCAAUAUUCGCAUCUCGGAAAGAGCAAAAUAUAUUUCACUAUUCUGUACAAAACAAUCAUAAUAUUAUUUUUCAACUCGAGAAUUUUCUUUAUCGAUUUAGUCUACUCUACGUGUAAUCCAGUUUCUCGGAAACCUGAACUAUUCUGUAGAAAACAAACGUUACUUACAUGAUAAUGAAAUCAUAAAAGAAGUAUUAUUACCUGACAAAAAUAGCACAAUUUCUCAUUUCCAUUUAGGAUCAUACAAAGCAACCAAGAUUUUAUUUCAGUUCGGAAAGGAUGUUUGCAGAAUAUAUAAAUGUAAUCUAUAUUGCAUAAGUAUACUGAAGCGAAAACAUCAUACUACUGCUGAAAACAUAAAAAAAUAUCCUAGCUCUCUCGAAAAUGUAUUUUAAUAUCCACAUCAUACUUGCGCAAUCAAAACACUUCCUUUGCACAAAAUAGUAUUAAGCGAGUCGACCUACAGCCGAGAAUUGAAUCGCCACUCAAAAUCACAAACUAUGCAAACUAUUCUAUUGCAGAUGAAAUUUUUUGAGUAUAAGCAACCUUCACAUUCCAUCUCAUUUUUCAGUCAUAUGUAUACAAUUAUAAAUUUAGAAUAGUACAAUUGUGUCACAAAAACGACGAGUGAACAAAUGAUAACAUUUGAAAACUAUUUUGGACAAUAAUGAAUCACCAAAAUUCAAGACUCCAAUACCAGUAAAGAAUAUGAUAAAUUCCCAGUGAAGUUUUACCGCGAAAAAACAUUAAGUGCCAACUGCAAUAGCAAAAUUAUCUAACACAGUAAGAACAAAACGAAAUAUACAAACACUGAAUUCACCACUUCAGUACAGUUAAAUUAAAAUGAAUAAAUCAAUAAUUUCAACAAAUUAUUAAAAAGUCGAUCAAUCCACAUAAAUCGCCAGUUGUUGUUUACCAGUCUUUAUCGUUACUAUAUACAACAUCACAAACGUACACACAUUGUUUCACCUUAGCCAAAUAGUUGAUUUAUAUUCUCGCCCAACACAAAUAAUCAUACAGCGAAUGAACAGUUGAAACAGGUAACAAGAUUCUUAUUGGUACGUCUAUUUUGCUUGAACGAUUAGAAUGCCAAUUAUUGUUGAUUCGAGUAACGAAAAAAUGAUCUCUUGAUAUAAAACAAUGUAAUACUUUUAGUGAACGCCUUUAGUCAUGUAAGAAGAACCAGAAUGGAAAAGAAAAUGAAUUCGUUGCACAUGUCAUGAACAGAUAAAUCUAAUUUUUUGUUACACGCAAAACUACCAUACUUGAUUACAGUAACAAGAAAAAAAAACAAUAGUAUCCCGAUCAGAAGUAUAACAGUUGUAACAGAGUGUAAUAUUUGUAAUAAAUAGUACCUUAAGUUUGAACUCGUUAGCUAUUAAAAUAACAGAAUCUGGAGAAUUAGUACCGCCCGAAUUCCGCUAUAAUCUCUUGAUCGGGAUAUGAAAUGAAGUGUGUAUGAGAAGAGUAAAUGAAAUAAUUAACUUUCGUGAUUUAGAAUCUGUUAGUAAAAACAAUUGCAUUGUUCCUAUGUUAUAUUUGUGCGCAAAGAAUAAAAUGUUAAUAGCGGUGAAAUUUAUGUGAAUGAAAAAAAUUAAGCUGUAUUGAAACUAUUUAAUUGAUGAGCAGUGAAUAAAACAAAAACACACGAAUAGUAUUUAUAU